CUUUGAUCGCUCCAGUUUCUCACAAUUUUUGCAGAAGAGUGCUUUGACUUUUGACUUCCAACCUUUCAUUUUUGCGUUACUUGUAUCCUUUUUUCAAAGAAUCACCAUGACGGCACCUCGCAGCAGCAACAAUCCCCGUCCCUCUGUGGAUGCCAAGGGCAAGGCUCAAGCCAAGAUGACCGUCCAGGCAGUGUUUGCCCAGUCAGCCAUUGUGAAUCGUGUUGGAGAGUAUCCCAAGUUCACCAAGGAAGAGAUGCAAUUGGGCAAGUUGUUGGGUAAAGGAGGUUUUGGCAGUGUCUUUGAGGUCCGUUCCUUCACUCUUGGUGGCAAGAAAGUGUCCAUGAAUCAAAAGAAAGGAUUUUCCGAUGACCUGACAGAUACUGACUAUGGCCAGGCGGGCUCAAACCAACAAGAUGCCCGCAUGUUCAUUGCUCAGCACUGUCUCCGCAACAACAGUGAUGCGCGCUAUGCUGUCAAGCAAUUGAGCCCAGAGGUUGUUCGGAAUGCUGGCAUGUUCUACCAAGGCAUGAUGGAUAUGGCGCUCGAAACCAGGUUCAUGAGUGACAUUCAGCAUCCCAAUAUUGUCAAAAUCAGAGCCAUGGCCCAGUGCGAACCAUACGAUGAGCGUUAUUUUAUCAUCAUGGACCGUCUCUAUGACACCCUUGAGCGUCGUAUCCAAAAAGUCUGGGAGCCCAAGUCGAAGCGUCAAAAUUCCUUCUUUGGAAAGAAUCUCUUGGAUCGCAAGGGCAAAAAUAGGAAUGAGCUGUUGGAAGAGCGCAUUGUCUAUGCCUUUGAUUUGGCUGCUGCUAUCAGCUACUUGCAUGAGCGUGGCAUCUUGUACCGCGACAUUAAGCCUGAGAACAUCGGGUUUGAUGUCCGUGAUGACAUCAAGCUGUUCGAUUUUGGUUUGGCCAAGGAAUUGAGAGAUGACCUCAAGACUGCCGAUGGUCUGUACAACUUGACAGCUGAUACUGGUUCUCCACGCUACAUGGCACCUGAGGUGGCUUUGGGCAAACCAUACAACGGCACCUGUGAUACCUACUCCUUCUGCAUCCUCUUGUGGCAGAUGCUUGCUCUCGUCACCCCCUUUGAAGUUUACACGAUCAAGAAGCUCAAGGAACGUGUGUGGAGUUCGAUGGAAAAGCGACCCUUUAUCAAUGAAACCUGGUCUGCCAACCUCAAGCUUCUCCUUAAGCGUGGUUGGGCCAACGAUCAGAAAGUUCGGUUCACCAUGAAACAAGUUGAAGGAAUCCUUCGCAAGGAGUGCAUCCGCAUUCGUGAUGGCAACGAUUCUGGUCUUGAGCAUCAGCGUCGUCGUUCCACCUUUGUCUUCCGUGGAAGCAAGGCCGGAGAAAAAGGCGCAGUACCUAUCAAUGUCAAGCCAACACCCAGUCGUGCGGCUGCCUUGAAGACAACUCACAACACCACCAGUGCCUUUGCAGCAGAGAAGAAAAAGGACGAGUUGAGCAUGCCAAGUACCCACUCCGCGAGUGGAUACAUUUCUUGCGAAGUGUAAGCGACUGGCAGCGCGGCUUCGCGUGGACGGAUCAGGACCAAGUCACGCGUCAUUGACAGGACGUCAACAAUUUCAACAAUUUACCAACCGUUAGGAUUUUGCAUUGAUUGCAGCACACGCAUGGCUGAGGAACUACCCUGGAUAGCCCUUAGUGGUCAGAAGUUUUCCUUUUUCCUUCUUCUCACCACCAAGGCGUGUUUUAUUGAAUGUUUGGAUUUGCAUGUAAAAGAGUUUCUCUAUAUAUACCAUUUCAGAACUACUAAGCGAAUAAACUAAGCGAAAGCAUUGCUUGUCGUG